UGGAUAGCAUUUCUUGAUAUGUAUGCUUCGCUUUCGGUGCCAGAAAUUCUAACAAAAUUGUCACAAAAAUUCCCCUAGUUUUUACUUUUGUCCAUUUUGGCAAGCCAUUUUCGCUGCAAACAAGACCCAGAGACAAGACAAGACAAGAGAAUGUGCUCGAGAACGCGAUGGGGGCGGAUCGAUCCGAGCAUUCAGGUGAAUCUGGUGCACGGCCCUACCAGCCGGGUGAUCCAGUUGAAUCGUAGGACUCUGCCGCGGCGAGUCGAACAGCAGUUGCUGCUCAUGGCGUCGCCGUCGCCGUUUCUCAAUUUCAUGAACAAAUUUCGGCUGGAUGAGAUCCUAAUUAAUCAUCAGUAUAAGGGCGUCUAUAGCAUGCGCACCGCUGCCACCAUCACCGAGUUAGCUACAUACACGUGGAACGUAAUGUCCGUAUCCGAUCGCCAGCCGUACAUCCGGCUGGCCCGGAAGGCGCAGCAGAUUCAGCAGGCGCGGAAGCUGCACUUUCUGGGCAACAGCAAUCGGCCGUUGACCAAAAGAAUUCCCCACUGUCCCACUGUUGUUGUCUGAAGCAGUCUUAGCCCCCCCAUCUUUGGAACUUGUUUACGAGCAUUUGGAAGAACUCUUUUUA